CUCUCCUUGGUAUCCCAAGAUCACCGGCCCUCUGCUCUCCGAUUCCCUUGGCCUGAGAUCCCAAAGCAGACAUGGUACCCUGGCUGCUUCUGCUCUUGGCCACCCUCCCUGUCUUGGGACAGGAUGACCUGAAGCCCGAGAACAUACUGCCUGGCUGCCCAGACAUUGUGUCAAGGGCUGAAUGGGGGGCCCUGCCCUCUCGGUGCCUGAAGCCCCUGAACCUGCCGGUGGACUUCGUGGUGGUGUCUCACACAGGUGGCAACCCCUGCCUUUCCCCCUCAGACUGUGAACAGCAGAUAAGAAACAUCCAAGUCAACGAUGUCCACAUACAGCGUCUUUGUGACAUCUCAUACAACUUCUUGAUUGGGGAAGAUGGGCUCAUCUACGAGGGGCGAGGGUGGUCCACCACAGGAGACCACUCAGACCCCGCCUGGAACUCCAUCUCCCUGGGGAUCAGCUUCAUCGGCAACUUCAGGAAUCGACCCCCUGCUCCCCGAGCCAUCCGGGCCAUCCAGAGCCUCCUUCGCUGUGGCACGGUGCAUGGUGUACUCUCAUCUCAAUAUAUGAUCCGGCCACAGCAGAACGUGCAGAUAGGGGCUCCCCCGGCGGACGCGCUCUACGGUGAACUGCGGAAGCUGCCCCAUUAUCGAGGGUGAGAGGCCCACUGGAUCCUGGGACAUCGCAGCCAAACACCUUCCCCUGCCUCCAGUGUCCAUGGCUGGCCGGCUGCCCCUCCCCGGUAUCCCAGAAUAAAGCUACCGAGACCCUG